AGCCUGUGAGCCAGGUUUGCCCUGAAGCAACACUGUCUACAUGCAGAGAUACAAACCACUGUCCCUGGGGACACCUGGGGAUGUCCUCUCCGAAGAACCUUCCAGCCCAGAGCAUCCACCCCUGGCCUGUCACCAGCGGUGCAGGGACAGGACAUCAGAACAAGCAGGGAGAGGGGCUGCACAAGCACCAAGUGCUGUGUGCGUGGUGGUGAGGGGGAAGUGGGGGGAGAGGGAAAGGAGCAUGGGGUCGAUUCUUGGCUUUCCAGAACGGCUUCGCUCCCUGUUGUACCCAGUUUUUCCUGCCUAGCCAGCAGUGCCUUCUUUUAACGCAACAAAACCAACAAGACACGAAAAAUUAUUGUGGCCACACCCAGGAAUUAGAGGUAUAAGCUUGAAUUUCCCCCUAUGCGACUCCGCUGAACACCAGAAGCAAAUAGCAGUGCUCUGUCUGUGACUGUCAAUGGAAACGGUGCAUUCAUGGAAAUCCACACCAUAAAUGCACAGCUCCAAAAGUGUUAAUACCAAAAGCUUCUGCUCACCUAAGCUUAUCUCAGCCUCACCAGUGGAGCCGGCGCACAGCUUACAGACGCAGCGUUAGCAUGGCUUGGAGCUGCAACACAAAGGUCCAACUAGGUGCAAUGUUUCUCACGCUCUUCGGGUGGGUCUCAUCCUGUGUCACCACUUUUGUGCCACUCUGGAAGAACCUCAACUUGGACUUAAAUGAAUUGGAGAUCUGGACCAUGGGGCUCUGGCAGGUCUGCAUAGUCCAGGAGGAGGGAGCGACGGAGUGCAAAGCCCACGACUCCUUCCUUGCUCUGCCGCUGGAUCUGCGUGUGUCCCGAAUCCUGAUGUGCCUCUCCAAUGGGCUGGGGCUUCUUGGAUUCCUCCUCGCCAGUUUGGGCUUGGACUGCUGGAAAAUAUGUGAAGAAAAACCUGAUCUAAAGAAAUGGCUCCUGCUUGCUGGAGGAGCGGCUUUCGGCACGUCAGGGAUCAUGACCCUGGCGCCGGUCUCCUGGGUCGCCUAUAACACGGUCCUUGAGUUUUGGGAUGAAACCAUUCCCAACAUUGUCCCACGAUGGGAAUUUGGGGAGGCAAUGUUCCUGGGGUGGUUUGCUGGAUUCUUCCUUGCAGCAGGUGGGUUGCUUCUUAUCUACACCACCUGCUUAAACAGGACUGAAACGCCAGACGUACCUUCAGCAGUCUGCCUGCAGCAUCCAGCAAUGGAAGGUCCAGCUGGGAUGUCACCAUGGAGUCACCGCUCACACCCCAAAACCGCAGACCUGGUAAUCUAAGACUUGCAGCACUGUGCCCUGUGCAGCUCCCAGCUGUUUAAAUUUCAGACUGUUCUUGCAAUUUACAGGAUGAUUUGCUAAUUCCUAAGACAGUGUCGCAGCUUUUUUUUUCCUUCCCAUCUGUGUCUGUCUGCUUCACUUUUUUCUCCUUUUUUUCAAAAGAGCAAAAGCUUUUUCUGCAACACUUGCAAACUAAACCUAGUACUGUAAGGCAAGAAGGCAAACACAGAGCAGUAAAGAGCACUUCAUGUUCAUGGUUACAUUUGCAGUAUACUCAGUGAUUAUGCUAUUGCUAGCAUUCCCUGGAAAUCUCCAAUAGUCAGAAAUGUAAUCAUUGUAACACCUAUGUCCAGGCUGAAAAGCUCAUUCUGUGAAUGUCCGUUUCAUUUUGAUGUAUUCAAAAUAAA